CAGAAUUAAGAUUCAGUCCGUCUGUUUUCUCAGAAGCAGCUUUCAUUCUGUGCAUUUCAUCCAGAACAUUUUAAUCUUCUGAAGUGAAGAUGAAGAUAGCAGCCUUCAAUGUCAAAAACCUGGGAAUAAAAAAGGUCAAAGACAAGAAGGUGGUCCACUACCUCACCGAGAUCGUGUCUCGGUACAGCGUGGUGGUGAUACUGGAGGUGAUGGAUAAAAGUGGCAUGGCCAUGGAGGAAUUAAUUAACGAGCUCAACAACAACAGCUCCAACAGAAAAAGUCCUUACUCCAUGAUCGCCAGCCGCCAGCUGGGACGAGACACCUACAAGGAGCGCUUCGUCUGUUUCUACAGAGAGGCUGAUGUGACCCUGAAGGCCGUUCAUCAGUAUGAAGACAAUCAACCUGGAGAUGUGGACGCGUUCGCCAGAGAGCCCUUCAUCCUGCACUUCAGCUGUCCUUCUACAAAGGUGAAGGACCUGGUUCUGAUCCCCGUCCACACCAAACCCACGGACACGCUGAAGGAGCUGGACGAGCUGCAUGACGUAGUCAGUUCUAUCAAGAAGAAGUGGAAAACUAAUAAAAUUAUGAUUUUAGGGGACUUUAAUGCAGAUGGACGUUAUCUCUCCAAGAAGAAGAAGGCAGAGAUCCGCAUCUGCUCUGCUGACUAUCAUUGGCUGAUAGACGAUGAUGUCGACACAACGACUAGUAACCUUAACGACCACACCUACGACAGGAUCGUAGUUCAUGGAAAGACCCUGCUGAACGGCGUCGUCCCCGGCUCGGCCAAGUCCUUCAACUUCCAGACAGCGUUCAACCUGAAGGACAAAGAAGCUCAGAGAAUCAGUGACCACUACCCUGUGGAGGUGGAGCUGAAGAACCUUCAGAGACCCAGAGCACCGAAACGAAAGAGGACAGCGUCCCCUAAAGGACAGAAGAGAGUACAACAGAAGAAGAAGAAUAUGACAGGAAAAAGGAAGAUUGGACCGUCAUCAAACACACCAGCCAAGAGAAAACGUUAGGACAAAAGACGAACGACAGACUUCAAGAUCAUUGAACGCAUUAUCAGAGUUAUAUACAGCAUGUAUUCUUCUAAUAAUAUGAAAAUUGACUUGAUUGUAAUGUUGAAUUAAUUUAGUUUGACUUCUCUUUAACAGUUUUAAUAAUUAAAUCAUGUUUUAAACAUU